AUGAAAGUUGCUGAACUACCAUUCGAAAUUCUCACGCAAAUUGCCGAUAAUCUAUCAAAAGAUGACAAACGCUCUUGUGCACUGACAUGCAAGGGAUGGAGAUACCCGUUUAAAAGGGCUCUAUGGAGAGACCUACGAGUUCCUUCGAUAGAUACUGCUAAAAUUCUUAUCAAGUAUAUUAAAAAUUCCCAAAAGCUAUCCACAUCAUAUGGCCUCUGGAUCCACAGUCUACACAUAUGUCAUUAUUGCAACAUAACAGAAAUAUCAGACAUACAGCUUUCAGACUUAUCCAGAUACCUUCCAAACUUGAAGACUUUGGGGCUAUGCAUUUUACUUUAUAAAGAUCCUCGCCUACAAAUAACAAGAGCAGACAAAACAUGGAUGUCUCUGAAAAGUUUGGAAAUAUAUUACAAAAUAAAUUCACGCCCACAGCCAGCAGAAUACCUACUUGAGUUUAUAAAUGCGUGUAGCAUGGUCCAAAAUUUAGAAAUACUUGAUGGAGUACUGAAUCAUUGCAUGGAAUUUAGCAUGGAUGACUUUGACAACAUGCACCAGCACGUACAAGACCUAACGUCUAUCAAAGCUAGAAUAUAUCUCGGUCCUGACUUUUCGACCACACUGGACAGAAUCCCAGAUAUAAUACCAGCUUUUAGCAUGACUUCCCUAGACAUAAAUUCGAAAAAGAAUACAUACAACUCAAAUGAUUCAGACGAGAGGCAAACAACAAUAUCGCUUUUUCAAUCCAACCCAAAUGCAUUUCGACACCUGGAAACACUUGAACUGACAGCCGACUACUAUUUCGUGUCUCUUGACUUUAUUGUAUGGGAAUUGUUUGGUGCAUUAGGAGUCCCACUCAAACACUUGAGAUUAAAUGUAACACAAGAGGAUAAAAUAGGUCAUACACAUCCAAUAAAUAUCGAAAAAAAUUUACAGUCCUUUUCCGAAACACUCGAGAGUUUCUCGAUUACAGGGUUUUUAUAUAAAGACCAUUACCACAAUCCGACUCUUGAACUAUCCUCUUACUAUCCAAAUUUGACGAAUCUUUUCAUCAGUAGUGCCAAUCUAUCUCUCAAUUUCGAUAACCUGUUGGACAAAUGUGUGGCCCUCAAACAAUUGAAAGUCUUCGGUGGAGAAUUGCUCAUUGAUCCAAACACGACCAUCAAGGAGCCAAUCUAUCAGCAACAACGACAACAACAACAACAACAACAUGGACUAUAUAUCUUGAGUUUACAGAAAUGCUCUGCAGACGCUAAAUUAUUUAAUCGCCUCUCUUUCCGGUGUAGAAGCUUGAGAUAUACGACUUUGAAUACUGUGUUAGUUAUGGGAUCUAUUUGUAGAAAUACCGGAUGUUUGUUACUCGAUAUGGCACAUACUUUCUUAAAGACUUUGAUCAUCGGCCAUCUUCGAUACAGCGCAUUAAACCAAAGAAUUUAUAAAGAUAAUUCUAUCAAUCUGACACUUCUGAACCGAUUAAAUGACGCUCCGCCAUCAGACAAAAAGAACAAAAGAGAAAGAAAUAAGAUGGAUUCAAAAUACCCUAUAAUAGCAAGUCGCAAUAUUGAGUCGAUAUAUACAUACGCGUAUUAUUGGCAAGCAAAGGAAUACCUAAUAACUAAAAGGUUUUCAGAGAAAGAAACUGAUAUAGUAUUUAAAUACUAUCAAAACUUUCUGUCCGGAAAAAACAUCCAGACUAUACAAAAUAACAAUUUGUCGGACAAAAGUACUCUACGGAAAAAAAAGACGAUUUUUGGGAUGGUUUUUAAAAAUAUUAUAAGUAUUUUUCAAAAGCGUCCUUCUAGUUACCCUUUGGUUUCUCAUAACGGUGGUCUAAGUAGUCAUCUUGUGCGCGAACUUUACAGAGGAUACGGCGAACUAAGAUUCGGUAAUGUUGAAUCUCUUACUGUUAUACAUUGA